GAAGUUGUGAAUAGACUCGAAAACUUCAAUUAAGAUUCAAAUCACAAGUCACAAAUCCAUUAUUUCAUCAUGUCUGGAACUACUCUUCACCUACGUUCUGAGUUGGGCAAAGCUCUUGAGCAUCGAUCCGCUCUUACCCCCACCACCGCCAAAGCUCUCAUCGAUGCUGGAUACACAAUCAACGUUGAGCGCAGUCCAGAGCGUAUAUUCGACGAUGAAGAGUUCGAGAAGGUUGGUGCUACUCUUGUGCCAGAGAACACAUGGAGACAAGCACCAAAGGAUCACAUUAUCAUUGGGUUGAAGGAACUGCCCGUCGAAGAAUUUCCUCUCGAGCAUGUUCACGUACAAUUCGCACAUUGUUAUAAACAACAGGGCGGCUGGGACACUGUUCUAUCACGAUUCCCUCGUGGAGGUGGAACUCUCUUAGAUCUUGAGUUUUUGACAGACGACAGAGGCAGAAGAGUUGCAGCCUUUGGAUACCAUGCUGGAUUUGCUGGUGCAGCAUUGGCACUCGAAAAUUGGGCGUGGCAACUCACCCACCCAGCAUCCGAGCCCUUCCCAAGUGUAUCGAGCUACCCCAACGAAGAUGAAUUGAUUGUGGAUGUUAAGAAGGCAAUCGCAGCUGGACAAGAGAAGACCGGCAAGGCACCACGAGUUUUGGUUAUUGGUGCAUUAGGCAGAUGUGGAAGUGGAGCAGUUGACCUCUGCUUGAGAGCUGGUGUGCCAACCGAAAAUGUGUUGAAGUGGGAUAUGGCCGAGACCGCUAAGGGAGGGCCAUUCCCAGAGAUCGUUGAGAGUGACAUCUUCAUCAACUGCAUAUAUCUCAUGUCCAAGAUUCCAAACUUUGUCGACAUGCAAAGCCUCGAUACCCCAAACCGCAAAUUGUCAGUCGUCUGCGAUGUCAGUGCUGAUACCACCAACCCCAACAACCCAAUUCCAAUCUAUACUGUUGCAACCACAUUUUCAGAGCCAACUGUUCCAGUUGAGGUCAAGGGAGAACCAAGAUUAAGUGUCAUCAGUAUUGAUCACUUGCCAAGUUUAUUGCCAAGAGAGGCAAGUGAGGCAUUUAGCAAGGACUUAUUACCAAGUUUGUUGUCUUUGAAGGAUUGGAGAAAUACUCCAGUCUGGGCCAAGGCAGAGAAGUUAUUCCAGGAAAAGGUUGCUACUUUGCCCAAGAACGAGGCAUGAGAAAUAAACACAAAAGCGUCUUUUAGCAUUAGCAAUAUGAUACAAUAAAAAAUAGAACAUUGGCUAUUAUCUAGCAAUGCUGGACUCACAUCA